GGAUCGGGAAAAUCAUCAAUGCGUAAUAUCAUUUUUGCUAAUAUGGCAGCGGCUGAUACUAGGAAACUUGGAGCUACGAUUGAGCUGGAAACCACUUCGAUCAAGUUCUUAGGACAUUUCGGACUCCGAUUAGUCGAUUGCGGUGGUCAAGAUUCAUAUAUGUCAGGGUUUCUUUCGUUACCAGCUGUCAAUCGAAGAUCAGUAUUCACACACGUAGGAUGUCUUUUAUACGUCUUCGAUGUAGAAAGUCCAGAGUUUUCAAGGGUGGAUAUGAUUUGGUUUUCAAGAGUGAUCUCAGCUGUGCUAGAAGUCUUAGAUCAAGAUAUGGGUGAUUUUAAAUUACACGUUUUGAUUCAUAAGAUGGAUCUUGUUCCUGAAUCUAAUCGAGCUGCAGUCUUUGAACAACGUUCUAAUGAAGUUCGAAGAAAGAUUGAAGAUUAUUCAAAAGGUAGAAUCUCUGAUCAAAUGGUUCAAAUCUUUAGUACAUCAAUCUGGGAUGAAACAAUCUAUAAAGCUUGGUCAACAAUUGUCCAGACACUUAUUCCUGAAAUUAGUUCAUUAAACAAACCUUUGGAAACCUUUGGUCGGUUGUGUUGCGCUUGUGAAGUGAUUGUAUUCGAAGUAGCUACUUCAUUGGUUGUUGCUCGAUGGACCGAUGCAUCAAUGACUGAUCAGAUUGGAGCAGUAGAUGAGCGUCGGUUUGAAAGAGCUUCAGCAAUCGUGAAAGCUUUCAAAUCAACUUCUGCGAGGAUAAGGUCUCCAUUCAAGUCGAUGGAAAUUACACAUCCAAUGUAUACUGCUGUCCUGGACAAACUCACUGAUACCACUGCAAUCCUGGUGGUUGCGGUUGACCCUCAAGUUGGUGAGCAAUCUUGUAGAUCGACUUUCUAA